AUGUUAACAUCGCCUUCGUCACUGAGAUUCUCCGAUUUCAUCUCUUCGUUUUCCCAAUUUACCGAUCACAAAUGUCUUCGCUUUUCACCGAAAUCCAGCGACGCGAGGACGACGACGAGGAUAACUUGCGGUGCGAUUCCGUUAAGGAGGAAACUUGCUGAGAGAGAGAGCGCGGAUAGAGAGAACAGAGUGCUCGUACGGAGUUUAAUGUCGAGGAUCAGUGACAGAGAGCCAUUGGUGAAGACGCUUGAUAAAUAUGUGAAGGUCGUGUUUAGAUGGAUGCAGAAACAGCGGUGGUAUAUCCCUGAUAAUGGAGUGUACUCGAAAUUGAUAUCUGUAAUGGGGAAAAAGGGUCAAACCCGGAUGGCAAUGUGGCUGUUUUCCGAGAUGAAGAACAGUGGUUGUCGUCCUGAUGCUUCGGUUUACAACGCUCUUAUAACGGCUCAUCUUCAUACACGGGACAAGGCAAAAGCUCUGGAGAAAGCCCGUGGAUACUUUGACAAAAUGAAGGGGAUGGAGAGGUGUCAACCAAAUGUUGUGACUUAUAAUAUCAUGUUGAGGGCUUUUGCUCAAUCGGGUAAAGUAGACCAAGUUAAUGCUCUGUUUAAAGACUUGGAUAUUAGUGCAGUUUCUCCAGAUGUCUACACCUUCAACGGUGUUAUGGAUGCGUAUGGGAAAAAGGGGAUGAUCAAAGAGAUGGAAUCUGUGCUUACUCGUAUGAGGAGUAAUGAGUGUAAGCCAGAUAUUAUCACCUUUAAUUUGCUUAUUGACUCGUAUGGUAAGAAGCAAGAGUUUGAGAAGAUGGAGCAGACUUUCAAGAGUUUGAUGCGAUCCAAGGAGAAGCCGACUCUGCCUACAUUCAAUUCAAUGAUAAUAAACUACGGGAAAGCUCGUCUGAGGGAAAAGGCGGAAUUGGUUUUCAAGAAGAUGACUGAAAUGAACUACACGCCGAGUUAUAUCACUUAUGAGUGCAUGAUCAUGAUGUAUGGUUAUUGUGGCUCUGUUUCCAGAGCAAGGGAGAUAUUUGAGGAGGUUGCUGAAUCUGAAAGCGUGUUAAAGGCGUCAACCCUCAAUGCCAUGCUUGAUGUUUAUUGUUUAAAUGGUCUUCACAUGGAAGCAGAUAAGCUUUUCCAUAACGCAAGUGAUUUCCGGGUUCGUCCAGAUGCAUCGACGUAUAAGUUUCUAUAUAAGGCAUAUACUAAGGCAGAUAUGAAGGAGCAAGUGCAGACGCUGAUGAAGAAAAUGGAGAAAGAUGGAAUUGUACCUAACAAGAGAUUCUUCAUGGAAGCCCUUGAAACUUUCGGGUCAAAACUACCUGGUUCAGAUUCUGGAAACAGGAAAUCAAAUGGUUCGAGGAGACCGCAAAAAGACAUUACUAAGGACUUGGUGGAAAAGACAGAAAACAGUUGA